ACUUUUGUGUCACAUGACAACGCCCUGUCAGAGCCACUGUGCUAACACUAACAAAAUGGCAGCGUUCUUACAGUGGAGAAAAUUUGUCUUUUUUGACAAAGAUACUAUAAAAGAUCCCGUGGAUAAUGGGAAAAACUUUGCUCUUCCAAGCGGAAUAUCGGCUUGUGACUCUGGCCGGGGUCAUAUUGUUCUGGGAGAUAUGGACGGCACUAUCUGGCUUUUGACACGCUCCCUGCAGUUGACAUCUUUUCAGGCCUACAAGUUGCGGGUAACACACCUCUACCAACUGAAGCAGCACAGCAUCCUUGUAUCAGUGGGGCAGGAUGAACAUGGAAUAAAUCCUCUGGUAAAGGUAUGGAACCUUGACAAGAGAGACAGUGGAAAUCCUCUCUGCACUAGGAUUUUUCCUGCAAUUCCUGGCAACAGACCGACUGAAGUGUCUUGCCUCAGUGUACAUGAAAACCUCAAUUUCAUGGCCAUUGGCUUCACAGACGGUAGUGUUGUUUUGACCAAAGGUGACAUCACCAGGGAUCGUCACAGUAAAACACUGACUCUGCAUGAGGGAACCAGCCCAGUCACAGGCCUUGCUUUUCGCCAAGUGGCAAAGGUUACACAUCUGUUUGUUGCCACUCUGGAGAAGGUUCAUUGCUACACCUUGUCCAUCAAGGAAUAUCCUAAAGUAGAGCUGGAUACGCAUGGUUGUGCACUGCGCUGCUCCUCCCUGGCAGAUCCCUCCCAGGAUUCCCAGUUUAUUGUGGCUGGUGACGAAUGCGUGUACCUGUACCAACCUGAUGAGCGAGGGCCCUGCUUUGCCUUCGAUGGACAAAAGCUGUUGGCUCACUGGCACCGUGGAUAUCUGUUUCUACUCAUCAGGGAUGCAAAGUCACCCGGCAAGACAGAUUUUGGUACCAGGGAGAGCUCCUCAUCAGAUAAACAGCUUCUGACCAUCUAUGAUCUGGAUAACAAGUUCAUCGCCUACAGUGCUGCUUUUGAUGAUGUCGUUGAUGUGGUGGCAGAAUGGGGCUCCUUCUACAUCCUGACCAGAGAUGGAAAAAUGUUUGUUCUUCAGGAGAAAGACACACAAACCAAACUGGAGAUGCUCUUUAAGAAGAACCUGUUUGUGAUGGCUAUAAACCUGGCCAAGAACCAGCACCUGGACAGUGACGGACUGUCUGAGAUCUUCAGACAGUAUGGUGAUCACCUUUACCUUAAGGGAGACCAUGACGGAGCCAUCCAGCAGUACAUUCGCACCAUUGGGAAACUGGAACCAUCAUAUGUCAUCAGGAAAUUUCUGGACGCACAGAGGAUCCACAACCUGACGGCCUACCUGCAAGCUCUGCACCGUCAGUCACUAGCCAACGCAGACCACACCACGCUGCUGCUCAACUGUUACACCAAGCUGAAGGACAGCUCCAAGUUGGAAGAGUUUAUUAAGAGCAGUGAAAGUGAGGUCCACUUUGAUGUUGAGAUUGCCAUUAAGGUUCUUCGGCAGGCUGGCUACCACAGCCAUGCUGUUUUCUUGGCUGAGAAACACAUGCACCACGAAUGGUACCUGAAGAUCCAGCUGGAAGAUCUCAAGAACUACCAGGAGGGGCUGCGUUAUAUUGGACGUCUGCCUUUUGAACAAGCUGAGAGCAACAUGAAGCGUUACGGCAAGACACUGAUGCACCACGUCCCUGAAGGUACCACGCUACUCCUGAAGGGCUUAUGCACCAACUACCAACCAAGCGGAGACGCUGCUGAAAAAGACAGCCUGGAUAGGGGUCACAUCAAUAAGGCCAACUCGGAGGAAUUCAUCCCAAUAUUUGCUAACAACCCACGAGAGCUGAAAGCCUUCCUGGAACACAUGAUUGAGGUGGAACCCCAUUCUCCUCAGGGUGUGUAUGACACAUUGCUGGAGCUUCGGCUGCAAGACUGGGCACACGAACAGGACCCUGAGAGAAAAAAGGUCCUGCAGGGGGAAGCUGUGUCGCUGCUGAGGAGUGACAACACUGUAUUUGAUAAGGCGCUGGUCCUCUGCCAGAUGCACAACUUCAAAGAAGGAAUCCUCUACCUUUAUGAGAAGGGCAAACUGUACCAGCAGAUAAUGCACUACCACAUGCAGAAUGAGGAGUACGGAAAAGUGAUAGAGGCCUGCAAACGCUAUGGCGACCAAGAGGGUUGCCUCUGGGAGCAGGCACUGGGAUACUUUGCCAGAAAAGAAGAGGACUGCAAGGCCUACAUCAGUGAGGUCCUACAUCACAUCGACCAAAACAACCUGAUGCCUCCAUUACUUGUGGUACAGACACUGGCGCACAACUCGACAGCCACUCUCUCUGUCAUCAAGGACUACCUCAUCAACAAGCUGCAGAGGGAGAGCCAACAGAUAGAGGACGACGAACGCAAAAUCCGCCAGUACCGCGAAGAAACCGCUCACCUCCGCUCCGAGAUCCAGGAGCUCAAAACGAGUGCCAAGAUAUUCCAGAAGACCAAGUGUAACAUGUGCAACAGCCCGCUGGAGCUGCCCUCUGUUCAUUUCCUGUGUAGCCACUCCUUCCACCAACAUUGCUUUGAAAGCUACGCUGAGAGUGAGGCUGAGUGCCCGACUUGCACUCCAGAGAACCGCAAAGUCAUGGACAUGCUGCGUGCCCAGGACCAGAAACGUGACCUGCAUGACCACUUCAACAGACAGCUGCGCACCUCUAAUGACGGUUUCUCUGUCGUGGCCGACUAUUUUGGUCGAGGAGUGUUUAACAAACUGACUCUGGUCACCGACCCGCCUGGCAGCAAAACUGUUGGGAGCCUAGAGGUCAACCUGCAGAGAGAUCUUCUCAUCCACACCAAGAGAAACUGCUAGAAGCCUCAGCUUGUGAUUAUGGUCUAAAUUCUAGCUGGACAUUCUCUUUGUGUCCAGCUUCACAUUAGUGCUGGCUCAGCCACGUGUGUGAGGUGCCACUUUAUUUAUCAGAAAAUGUAACUGCCUGCUUUUAGUACCUGUGAUGGACCUAUUUGCAUAAUUGUGCUCUUGUCAGUCAUGAUUCACUGGGGAUUGAUUGUAAUAAAUGUACUUUAGUUUAAAACAAUGUGUAAUACUGUGUCCUAAGGCCUUGCUGAAUUACACGUUGGAGAAGUUUGCUUUGUUGUGUUUGCUUUUACUCAUUCUCUUACAUGUGUCAAUAAUAAUCUGUCCUUAUUGAAAUUAUUUGUCAUUAUUUUAGUCACUCAAACCCGAGUGAAAAUAUCAAUAAAGUCAUUAUCAAGUGCAUUUUC